GCAACAACUUCAAACAACAAACACGGAAACAAGUCCCGAUAGGAACAGGACGCGCAUGCGUUCUCCCGGCAACUCUCCUUAUCAGAAGUUGAGAGAGAGAGAAAAAGAAAAAGAGAAAAAGAAAGAUAAAGAAAAAACAAGGGGAAGAACAGGUGAGUGAGAGAGAGGGAAGAAAGAAAGAGAGAGUGAGCGCGAACUACCAGGGGUAGAGGCUGGACAGGGGGAGAGGCUGCAAGGAUCCCACUCUCACACACGACCCGACCCAGAGGCAGCAGGAGCGGCGGGGACAGGGAGGGAGAGGGGCAGAUAUCCCGGGAUGGUCACAUGCACCUGAACUCGGAUAGUUUGCCGCAAAUCCCGGUCGGAAUCGAUUCAUCUCCGGAACAAGGCAGCAGGGACCCCGCUUCAGCCAAAAGUGUGGCCGUUCACCAGAGGGAAGUGUGUGAACAACAUCACAAAGAAGCUGACAUGAGCUUGGAGCAAGCUGGAGAUGGCCCUUUGGAUCUCAGUCACCCAUUUUAUGAUGUGGCUCGGCAUGGGAUAGUCCAAGUGGCAGGUGAUGAUAAUUACGGCAGGAAGUUGGUCAUUUUUAGCUGCUGCAGGAUGCCUCCGUCACACCAACUCAACCACCAGAAGCUCCUUGAAUACCUGAAGUAUACGUUGGAUCAGUACGUAGAGAGCGACUACAUUCUGGUUUACUUCCACCACGGCUUGAAGAGCUUCAACAAGCCAUCUUUAAGCUGGCUACAGAAUGCCUACAAGGAAUUCGACAGAAAAUACAAGAAAAAUCUCAAAGCUCUCUACGUUGUACAUCCGACAAACUUUAUCCGAGUUCUCUGGAAUAUUUUUAAGCCACUUAUAAGUCAUAAAUUUGGAAAGAAAGUCACUUAUGUGAAUUACUUAAGCGAACUAAGGGAACAUCUCAACUGCGAUCAACUCAUUAUUGCCCCAGAAGUGAUCAGGUAUGAUGAGAAACUGAGAGUUUCUCAAAAGGGAGGAGCACCCCAAGCAGCGAAGACCCCCCCACCCCGACCACCCCUUCCUCAGCAGCAGUUUGGUGUCAGUCUGCAGUACCUCCGAGACAAAGGGAACGGAGAAACGAUUCCUCUGGUAAUGAGACAGACGGUGCAGUUCCUGAAACAGAAUGCACUUCAAACGGAAGGAAUAUUCAGGAGAUCGGCCAACAUCCAGAUCAUUAAGGAAAUCCAGAAACAAUAUAAUCUGGGAAAACCCAUUAAGUUUGAAGAAUAUGGAGAUGAACAUGUUCCUGCUGUAAUCUUAAAAACCUUCCUGCGAGAACUCCCGGAGCCAAUCCUCACCUCUCAGAUUUACGAUCACGUCCAGAGCAUUGGAACUGUUGAAAGCAGUUUACGUGUGACUCGCUGCAAGCAACUAAUGCAGAGACUUCCUGAGCAUAACUACAUCGUGGUGAAGCACCUGAUAUGCUUUCUCAACAUGGUAUCCCAGCAGAGCAUUUUCAAUAAAAUGAACCCCUCAAACUUGGCUUCAGUCUUUGGAGUGAACCUUAUCUGGCCCCCGAAAGGACCUGUAACACUGCAAGCCCUUCCCCCGAUAAACAUGUUUACUGAGCUGAUCAUCGAAUACUACGACCAAGUCUUCAGCUCCAGGAUUCUGCCUAAUGAGAUAUUACCAUAAAUGCGUUUUGGAAGCAGCGCAUAACCUUGAUUCUAUCGUUAGGCUCUCCAGACACUAAUACGGAAAGAUUUAAUUUCAUGAGCCAAGAAUAAUCAGUCGUUUGGUAGGAAUAUUUUUUACUUUGGAGGUGGCAGAGGAGAAACUUUCAAUUCAACAGACCAGACUUGCUUCAGUGUUCAAAUGAAUCCAGUGUUCAAAUGAAUCCAGCCAACUUGAAAUUUAUGUAUAAGGGAGAGGAGUUUACAUUUUCAUCCAUUUAAAACAAGAAAUUUAGCACCUACGCCUCUGCCUAGUUUUUUAUUAAUAUCAGCAAAUGAUCAUUUUUUUCAAAGAUGUUUUUGAUAGUUUAUUCUGUCUAGAAUAGGUUGAGUUCCAUGUUUGCUACUGCUACAAACGGUGGCAAUUAAAUAUAAAUGUUAUUCAGCAUUAUUGUUUGAGAUACGGUUCGCACCAUUCAAGACAAGAGUGUUGAUUACUGGCGAGGAGUCUUCACUGGUCCCUUCUCCCCAAAGGGAGCAGAGAAUGGUUAAUUCAAGGGACAACGAUGACAAACCAACGUGGCCUAAAAUCCUUGUGACUUUAUUUCCAUCUUAAAUGUACUGAGCUUAUGCCCUGCAUUUGGAAAGAAUUAAAUGCGAUAUAAACAUAAGCUCUUUUAUACUUUUUGUUAUUAAAAUUAAGAAACGUGCCAGAUCCUAAGCUGAAUUUUCUGUAUUUAUAUUAAAGAUGUUUAACAAUUAGGUCUGCAAUAUUCUGUAAUUUACUGUUUUUCCCAAAACUUCAUGUUUAGUGUUUUGUUUCUUGUAUUCAAUGAGGUUCUGUAACAAAGGCCAAUUGGCUCGACUGGUCUCUGUUGCGUUUGUGUUCUCUACACCCUCAAUAAACUGAUUUGCGAUUUAAACUUU